UGGCGGAACCUCGGGUCGUUUCGCGCCAUUUUUGCGACAUUUGUGUUGUGGGUACGGCAGUGUGGCCGCUAUGGCGUCUCCUUUUAGCGGGGCGCUGCGGCUCACCGACUUGGAUGACUUCCUCGGGCCGUCGCAGGAGUGCAUCAAGCCGGUGCAAGUGGACCGGAGGCCAGGGGCCGGCUCGCCCAAGAUCCACGUGGAAGAUGAUGGCAGCUACGUCCAGGUCAAGGAUGGAGGGACGCGGAGGCUGGAGAAGGCCCGUGUCUCACUGGACGACUGCCUGGCCUGUAGUGGCUGUGUCACCUCGGCCGAGACUGUCCUUAUCACUCAGCAGAGCCAUGAGGAGCUGAGGAAGGUUCUGGAAGCAAACAAGUUGGCAGCACAGGAUCAGCAGAGGCUGGUGGUUGUCUCGGUCUCGCCCCAGUCCAGAGCAUCGCUGGCCGCCCACUUCCAGCUCAACCCCACUGACACUGCCAGGAAGCUGACUGCCUUCUUCAAGAUGCUGGGGGUGCACCACGUGUUCGACACCAGCUUCUCCAGGAACUUCACCCUUCUGGAGAGCCAGCGGGAGUUUGUACGACGCUUCCGGGCACAGGACCUGCCUGUGCUGACCUCUGCCUGCCCAGGCUGGGUCUGCUACGCUGAGAAGACCCACGGCAGUGUGCUUGUCCCCCACAUCAGCACAGCCCGGUCCCCGCAGCAGGUCAUGGGGGUCCUGGUGAAGGACUUCAUUGCCCAGCGGCAGCGUGUGAGCCCCGCCGCCAUCUACCACGUGACGGUAAUGCCGUGUUACGACAAGAAACUGGAAGCAUCCAGACCUGACUUCUUCCGCCCAGAGCAGCAGAGCCGUGAGGUGGACUGUGUCAUCACCACAGGAGAGGUGGUCAGGCUGCUGGAGGAAGAGGGGGUGUCGCUGUCCACACUGGAGCCAGCCCCUCUGGACAGUGUGUGUGAUGAUCCCGGUGCCCAGGAGAUCACCAGCCAUCGGGGCGGAGGCUCUGGGGGCUACUUGGAGCAUGUGUUCCGGUAUGCAGCCCGUGAACUCUUUGGCAUCCACGUGGACGAGGUCACCUACAGGCCCCUCAGGAACAAGGACUUUCGGGAGGUGACUCUAGAGCGGGAGGGCCAGGUCCUGCUGCGCUUCGCCGCUGUCUAUGGUUUCCGCAACAUCCAGAACCUGGUGCAGAAGCUUAAGCGUGGCCGCUGCCCCUAUCACUACGUGGAGGUCAUGGCCUGUCCUGCAGGCUGCCUGAAUGGUGGGGGCCAGCUCAAGGCGCCCGACACGCCUGGCACGGAGCUGCUGCAGCAUGUGGAGAGGCUGUACCGCGAGGUGAGGACAGAGGCGCCUGAGGACGUGCCUGGCGUCCAGGAGCUGUACCGGGACUGGCUGCAGGGCGAGGACUCGGAGCAGGCCACCCGCUUGCUGCACACCAGCUACCAUGCAGUGGCCAAGGCGAGUUCCGGCCUCAGCAUCCGGUGGUAGCUGCCCACCAGUCUCCAGCCAGCGCGCAAGGACACUCCACGAAUCAAUUCUGGAACCCUCAGGGCCUCCGCUGUGGGGGCCUCAGCAUAGCAGAGGUGGGGCUCCUCGCCCCCCACCGUCACCCCCAAGCUGUGUCUACAGGGCAGCGCAAACUGGUCUGGCCCAGCCCCACCUGUCACUCAGAACCAGGUGUUAACUGCACUGAGUGGGGACAGAGGAGUUUUG